ACGCCUCUGUAUACAACCGUAUGACGCGCGCGCACCUCACCACCUUUCAAAUUCGAACGAAUUCGUGACGUGACGUAAAGUGCUGUGACGAAUAAGGACGAUACUGUAUUGAUAUCAUCCAUGUUACAAAUUAAUACACAAUAACCUAUCACGGUUACGUGCAGUGAAGACAUGUGAACACAGUGCGUUACUGGUGCGCUGCACGGCGUUUACCUUUUUAUGUGUCACAAUGGGCACCACUAUGCGAUGAGGCGCUUGGCGCUGGUGACUCUUGGUCUGCUGCUGACGGUAUGCACGGCGGCCGCACAACUCCGUCCAGCCGACGCACCAACCGCCGAUAACGACACACGAUGUGGUAUAGAAUGUGUAAGGUGUGCAGCGGACGGGUGUGUGAAGUGCGCUCGCCUACUCAUAUGGCCAGAAGGUACCUGCGCUCACGACUGCCCUUCUGGUACCCGCGAGUCAUGGGCGCACGAUGACCACCUCAUGGGCCGAGUCUGCUAUCCCUCACACACAUAUAGCGAGGUAUUAGUCGGCGGUGCGUGUGGUGCAGUGGCGUGCGUGGCGCUGGUAGCCGCGGGCGCCGCGUACGCACGCUGCAGGAGCGCGCGCUCUCACCCACGCCCCCUGCCGGCGUCGCACCACGACGAUGACACGCGGCUCAGGGAAUUUCACAAGCAACUCGACUGCUUACGACCUCAUGCGUAUACGUUGCUGGCAAUACUGAACCAUACACGAAACCAGGUGCGCGAACUUUACCAAUUAGGAAAUAACGACGCUGCGAUGGCUUACAGCUGCGUUCUGAGCGACCUGGCGAAGCUACUCAUUCUACUAAACAAGCAACAGGUACCAGUGGUUCCGGACGAGUGGCCGCGCCUUGCAAGUUGGGCUGAACGGAUUCUCAAAAGGUACAGUCGUAUUGAUUCAGUUCAACCACAACAAGAAGGACAAUUGGUGAAUUUUCUAACAGCCCCACCGAGUCAGACCUCCGACUCCGAAGGUACACACCAAUCCUUCUCUACUUUCAAGCCUCCAUCCUACUCCCCCUCUUCAUACCACAGCAACAUUGACAAAGAGACGGACAGUCAGUGCGAAUGGAGUGAUGUAGGACGACCACCAAGUUAUACGCAAAUAGAAAGAGAAAGAGACGCAAUAGUCCUCUCUGACCCGUGGGAAAGACGACCUAUAGUGAGGAGAGAAAGCAUAUGGCUAGAAGAUGAGCUGUUCGAGAUGACGAGGCGGCCACAGGACGAACUUACUACCGAAUUAUAGAUACUGCAGAAUUAUUCGUAUUCCUCGAAUAACAAGUACAAAUAGAUUUUUAUAAACUAUUCUUUAAAUUUAAAGUUUUUUAAAUACCUACAACAGUAUGUAUUAUCGCCAAAAUAUGUUUACUUCAAAUAAUUAAAUAAACGUGUGUUCUAUUAUAAUUUUAAAUUCUAUUGACUAAUUUUAAAAUUGUAUUAACUGCCAGUAAUAACUAGUUAUAAACCAAGCAAAGUUAAUAACUACAUAAUUCAAAAACACACAAACGUACUUAGACUUAGUAAUUACUUGUUCAGUGUUCAAUGUUUUCAAUCCAAAAUUAUGUAUAUUAUGUAUAUACAGGGGACCUAUUGCGAAUUAACAAAUCGCAGAUAUAGACUUUUUUUACUACGCAAAAAAAAGGUUUUGUUCGUUUGCUAUGCACUUUUUAUUAACUAUUUAUUAUGUCUAAUAUGUUAAAUUAGGUACUCUAAACAACUUAGAUGAGUGAGACAAAUCACUUGAAAUCGAAAAACUAGAUCAAAAUAUCUAACGAAUUCGGAUAUUUCGUAUUUCCCAGUUGGGCCCAGUUCAUUAUAUAUAUAUACAUCCAUAUUAUAUAUUUGUUUUUAGUCCCUGGCAUUCCCUGGCAUAUGCGUUAUUUUGUAUUUUUGUUCUGAAUGAUGACCAAUGGUGGUGCUAUCACACAAAAUAUAAUUGGAGUGUUUUAGUCUUCUUAACUGUAAAUACUUUAUAGAUUAAGUCGAACUAAAGAUGUUCGUAUAUUAUUUUUAAUAAUAAUACCAUUCCGUACCUGUAUGUAAUAAAUAGUACGUAUAUUUAAGUAUACAAAAUGUAGAGCUGAAGUUACAUAUAGAGAAAUAUUUUUAAUUAGCGUACUACACGUAUGCAAUAUAUUUAAAAAAUCAAUUAAAUUAUUAUCGUAAUAUAUUAUGUAAUUACUACUAAAUUUAAUUCUCAUUACAAUAUUUAAAAUUUUUAUUUCAAUUAAUGGAUUACAAAAUACUAUUAAUACAAUAAUAUUGAAAUUAUUUAAGAAAAUGGGAAAUGCACCUUAUCUGAAAAUUAAACCAAAGUAGCUGUUAAGUUAGAUGUCUAGUCUUGUAUAUAGAUUUAACUAGUGGUAAUAUAGUUAGAUAUGUAAUUAUCUAUAUUUCAUAUAUAUUUACUAAAAUUAAUAAGCAUUUUUGUAUAUAAACACAUAGGAUCACUUCCUAUGAUAUUUUUACAUUGUAUACAAAAAAAUAGUCACAUGUUCUCCAUAAUAUUGCUAGCUUUAUAAUAUGGCUUCAUAUGGUUUAAUCAAGUCAUCCAGAACAAGCACUUUUGCAAUAUAUUAUAU